AUGAUACAGAUUGUCGGCUUGCGAGCCCUGGCUGUUGGUCUCAUCGGCUCCUUCCUGCCGAUGGGCCUAGGCGCGACUAAGCAUGCUUGUGGCUGGGUCCUUACCUCUGCGUCAUUUGCUCUGGGACUUGACCCGAUGGCAGCUUUUGCAAUCGGAGCGGCCAUGGCUACCAUGUCGACGGGGAUUGCCCUGAAUGUCAUGAAGGCUGGUGGCAUGCUCAACCAGCCAACUGGGCAGCUGGUGCUGGCUGCCGCGACAGUGAACGAGUUGGUAUGUAUUGGGUUGAUCACAGAAAUCGAUGCAAUUGUGGCCGGUGGGCCCUGGCAGAGCUAUGUCCUGCCGCUGGUGAUCAUGCUUCUGCUGGUGGGUUUCAUGAGCUUUGUUGCCGUGAAACUCGUGCCUUGCUUGCUAGACAAGGUGAUUUUGCCGCGAAUUGCCAAAGGCAAUCGCGAGAAUUUGGUUUUGGGCAUGCUUCUCGUGGCUACUGCCGUGUACAUGCCCUUGUGCAAGUACACAGGCUCCUCGGCGCUCCUUGGCGCCUUCUUAGCCGGAUUCUGCUUCUGCACAGACGAGCACGUGCACCACACCUGGAACCGCCAGGUCAAGCGCAUUGCUACGUUUCUAAUGCGCUUCUUCUUCGCUUGCAGCAUCGGCUUCACGAUCCCUGUCGAAGACUUCGGUGACCGAGAAGUUUGGGGGACAGCGCUUGCGUUGUUCGGGUGCAUCCUGGGCAAGCUUGCCAUGGGCAUCUUUGCACUCCCGCUGACCAAGAACGAGUUCCUCACUCUGAGCUUUGCCUGGGGAAGCUGGGGUGAGUUCUCCUUCAUCCUUGCGCUGCGAGCUGUUCGAGGAAACCUGCUGGAGGGCAGGAAUUACAGCUCCUUGGUCCUGGCGGUGUUGAUAUCUAUCAUCAUUUGUCCAACGGCGCUGCGCUGUGUUCUGACACGGAGUGCCAGGGAAGCGAACGCAUGCAUUGAGCUUGCAAAGCAUGAGACUGAUGUGUGCGAAGAGGGGAAGGUUCAUAAUGUUUACUAUUGCUUGCAGACGCGAUCCUGUGCCCAGUGGGGCCAGCAAGGUGCUUUGCUGUCAGUGCUGGGUGAGGUGGACUGCAAGAUCGUGGACUUCCGUUCGUUUCAUCCAUUCCACCAUGUGGGAACACAGCACAUCGUCAACGAGCUUUACCUGAAAGACAUGCGCUUGCAGUUGGCACUUGCAGAUCAGCUUGAUCCAACAGACCAACAUAAGCUGGACGGCCGAACUGCCGAGAUCCUUUCCGAGAUUUUGAGAGCGCUGCACGACGCUGAAGUCAAAAUCUUCAGAUGGCAGCCGGGCUGUGGCACUGUCGAUCUGAUCCAGGAAGUGCAUCAUCCAGGAAACGUCCCUUGCAUGGCAGGCGAUCCUUCGGGCGAGCCACCCGUGCAUUCCAUCAGAAGAGAUGGGAGCUUCCACGAGCAGCUGGCAGCCCAGCGAGCCCACGUCGCAAUGGAACGUUCCAUGAGGUGGCACCAGACUGAAGCGACGCGAGCUCUUGACGACUAUUGCUACCCAGGCACCCCACGAGCUCAUCAUGAGCUCGAUGGCUAUGUCCACACGGGCGCCCACGAUGCUUUCGACUUGUCGUCUGUCAACGGCUCGGACGGCAGAGGCGCAGACACAGGCUCAGACAGUGCAUCCCGGACCUCAAGCACAUCGUUUUCCAACACCGAUGAUGAGCCGUCUCAAGUCUGA